CCUGUCCCUCCAGUGAGCACUCAGGGCUGAUUUCCUUCAGAAUGGAGAGGUUUGAUCUUCUUGCAGUCCAUGGGACUCUCAAGAGUCUCCUCCAGCACCAUAAUUCAAAAGCAUCAAUUCUUUGGCGAUCAGCCUUCUUUAUGGUCCAGCUCUCACUUCCAUACAUCACUACUGGGAAAACCAUAGCUUUUACUAUACGGACCUUUGUUGGCAAGGUGAUGACUCCUAGAGUUGGAAGGGAUGCCAAGGGUCAUUUAGUCCAGCCCCCUGCAAUGCAGGAAUCUCAGCCCCAGCAUCCAUGACAGAUGAGCGCCCAUAGAUCUAGAAAUCGUUUGGGAAAUCGAGCCCCGUUUCCCCCCGAUGAAGUAGCCAUGGCAGCGCGAAACCGAAAGCCGGGGGCUUUGAGACCCAGAAAGCGCUCGCUCCGCCGGCCUGGCGCUCCCAAUCCUAACCCGCCGCCGCUCCUCAUUUCUCCAGCUAGCAGGUGACUCUGCUAUUUCCUUCGCCUUCCGCGUCGCCCUCCUCGCCUCUCUCCCUCAGGCCAUGGCUAUUGCAAUUGGGCAUGGGCGAGCCGCUGCGUUUUCCUCUCCUCCUGCCGCCGCCUCCGCCUCCUCUUCCCCCCCAGCUUUGGCGAUCUACCCAUCUUCGCUGCCUUUGCAAAAACCGUGCGGUUCUCCUCCUCCUCCUCCUGCAGCAGCUGCUGCCGCUGCCGCCUUCUUUUGCUGCUGCUGCUCCUCGCCAAAUUGAGAGAGAGAGCUUGCAUGCUUGCAGGAGAGCAAGAGAGAUUGCACCUCCUGGGUUGCAAAAUCCCCCCUUUGCAAAAAAACCAACACGCUGCAGCAAAAGUUCCGCCUCGACCUGUGCUCGCGUUCUUGCAUUCAAGGCACCUGCAGCCCGAUUUCCUGUGCAGAGAGAGCAACCGCCGCUGCUUUCGGUUCUUCCUCUUUUUCUUUUCUUUUUUUGGGUGGAGGAGAGGGGGAAGUUUAACAGCAGCAGCAGCAGCAGCGGCGGCGGACUUCUCUGAAGAGCACGCGUGGCAAUCGGAGACAAGAUGAGGAUGCCCUUUUAGGAAACGGGGCUCGCUGCGAAUGCACUAGAGGCGAGCUGGGUACCAGCGAAGCUGCCUGCCCAUCAUGGUGGUGGGUCCGGCCCCAGAGGACAGGCGUUGAGAAGUCACCUUGUGCUUGGCGACCCCUCCAUCACUUCCAGCUGCUUCCUGGAAUUAGGCCGCGGCAGGAGCAAAAAAAGAAAAGGGGGAAAAAAGAGAAGCAUGGACAACUGACUGUGUUGACCUGAUGCAUCGGAGGAAUCUUACAUUCACACGUGUUGGGAGUUCCUGGAGCAAGUCCUACUCCCCUUUGCCUUCCGAUUUGGCGGACGUGGGGAAAGUUGCCGGGGUAUUUUUUCGUUUUUUAUUCCCACUGACCUUUUUCUCCUCUUCCCCCCGGGAGGAAAAAAAAUAUCCUGGAUAUUUUAAUUUUGUAGUGCUUUAGAUUUUUGUGUGUGUAAGUACAGUCUGAGGAUGGGCAAUGCAGCUAGCAGCAUGGAGAUGUCUCCGGCGAAGGAGAUUAAAAGCCAACCCACGGCCUCGUCACCCCUGCCCCCCAAGCAGCCAGCGCCCCCCAAACAACCUAUGCCCAGCUCUGGGGAACUGGAAGAACGAUUCACCCACGUACUGAAUUCCAUGAACUUGCCACCAGACAAAAUGAAGCUACUGAGCCAGUAUGACAACGAAAAGAAAUGGGAGUUGAUCUGUGACCAGGAAAGGUUUCAGGUCAAGAACCCACCUUCUGCCUACAUCCAGAAACUGAAGAGCUAUCUGGACACGGGUGCAUUCAGCGGAAAGUUUAAGAGACGGGCUCAAGAGUCCACCCAGAUUCUUCGGGAGCUGGAGAUAUCUUUGAGGACAAACUACAUAGGCUGGGUCCAGGAAUUCCUGAACGAAGAAAACAAAGGACUUGAUGUGCUGGUGGACUACCUCGCCUUUGCCCAGUGCUCUGUCACGUAUGAUAUGGACAGCACUGACAAUGGGAGCCCUGGGUCCGACAAGGGGAAGGCCCUGGACAGAUCUAUGGAGGACCUCAGCAGAAGCAGCAACUCCCCUACGCAGGGCUCCUCCAAAGCGAGGCACCUGACUGUCAGGUGUUGCCAUUUGAACCAGCAGAUCCAAACAUUCUUUCAGCAAGUCCACCCAAGCAUCCCCUCCUCCAGCGCCCCCGGGAGCGAGCAGGACUCUAAGCCCAGGCCUCCUCUCAACUCCUACUCACCGCGACUCAAUCUGGCACACAGCAGGAAGGCGCUGAGGAACUCCCGCAUCGUCAGCCAGAAGGACGAUGUCCACGUCUGCAUCAUGUGCCUCCGUGCCAUCAUGAAUUACCAGUCCGGGUUCAGCCUCGUGAUGAACCACCCAGCCUGUGUCAAUGAGAUCACACUGAGCCUCAACAACAAGAACCCCAGGACUAAAGCUCUCGUCCUGGAGCUGUUGGCUGCUGUCUGCUUGGUCCGAGGGGGACACGACAUCAUCCUGGCUGCGUUUGACAAUUUCAAAGAGGUCUGCGGUGAGAAGAACCGCUUUGAGAAGCUGAUGGAAUAUUUCCGAAAUGAAGACUGCAACAUUGAUUUCAUGGUUGCUUGCAUGCAGUUCAUCAAUAUUGUGGUCCACUCUGUGGAGAACAUGAAUUUCCGGGUCUUCUUGCAAUAUGAGUUCACACAAUUGGGACUGGAUGAAUACCUAGAGAAGCUGCGCUAUUCGGAGAGCGACAAGCUGCAGGUGCAAAUCCAAGCCUACCUGGACAACAUAUUUGAUGUGGGCGCCCUGCUGGAGGACACUGAAACCAAAAAUGCUGUCCUGGAGCAUGUGGAGGACUUGCAGGAGGAAGUCGGACAGCUGGCAGAGAAACUCCAGGAUGCCGAGAACGAAUCCAUGGCCAAAGUCGCAGAGCUGGAGAAGCAGCUGUGCCAGUCGCGCCGCGAGGUGGAGGCCCUGAGAGCACGGACCACGGGCAAUGAGCAGGAUAGGACAAACAGUUCAAGGAGUCCCUCUUUGCUACAAAUGCCACAGCCUCAGGGGUCUCUGCAGUACCCUGCCUUGGAGCGCAAACUAGAGGAACUCGAAGACAAGGGGCUAAUCCGGAUUCUGCGUGGACCUGACGGUGAUGUCAUCGUUGGCAUUGAGGUCAUCCCGGUCAUUGUGGAAGCCUCAGGAGCCUCUUCAGUUACCAUUGAUGCACCUUCGUCAACCAGCACAGAUUUUCCUUCGCCGUCUACAUCUCCUGUUCCUCCUCCUGCUCCUGAAAUCCCACCAGCCCCGCCCCUGCCUUUCACCAAGGACAGCAGCUCCCUGGUUCCUUCAUCCUCUCAAGAGGAAACUCCUCCUCUUCCCCCUCCAGCUCCGCCCCUUCCGGGGACCAGUGUCCCUCCCCCUGCUCCGCCCCUUCCUGUAGCAGGAACUACAGCUCCUCCUCCACCACCACCGCCACCCCUCCUGCCAGCAGACGGUCCGGUUCCUCCUCCUCCUCCCCCUCCACCGAUGGCUGAUGGUUCAAAUCUCCCAGGAGUGACAGUAACCCCAGCCGUCAAGAUCAAGAAGCCAAUACAAACAAAAUUCCGGAUGCCCAUCUUCAACUGGGUAGCUCUGAAGCCCAACCAGAUCAACGGCACGGUCUUCAACGAACUCAACGACGAGAAGGUCCUUCAGGAGCUUGACAUGAACGACUUUGAGGAGCAGUUCAAAACCAGAGCUCAAGGCCAGGCCCGGGAGCUCCCUGCCCUGAAGGCAAAGGCUUCGCAGAAGAAAGCCCCCAGCAAAGUGAUGCUGAUUGAAUGUAACCGGGCCAAGAACCUGGCCAUCACGCUUCGCAAGGCGGGGCUCAGCAUCGACGGCAUUUGCAAGGCCAUCCAGGUAUACGACCUGCAGUCCCUCAGCCUUGACUUCCUGGAGUUGUUGAUGCGCUUCAUCCCCACGGAAUACGAGCUGACGGUGAUUCGCAAGUACGAGAAGGAGCAGCGGCCGCUGGACGAGCUUUCGGAUGAGGACCAGUUCAUGAUUAAAUUCAGCAAGAUCCCUCGCCUGGCAGAACGCAUGAACAUCAUGACCUUCCUGGGCAACUUUGGAGACACCGUCCAGCUCCUUCUACCCCAACUCAAUUCCAUCAUCGCUGCUUCGAUGUCACUCAAGGCUUCUACCAAACUGCGCCAGAUUUUGGAGAUUGUCCUGGCGUUUGGGAACUACCUGAAUAGCAGCAAACGGGGAGCGGCCUAUGGGUUCCGCUUGCAGAGCCUUGACGCGCUCCUGGAUAUGAAAUCCACAGACCGGAAGCAGACGCUGCUUCAUUACAUCGUGCGGGUGAUCCAGGAGAAAUACUCCGACCUCACAAACUUCGCCAAUGACUUGCACUUCCUGGAAAAAGCAGCAGCAGUAUCCCUGGACAGUGUGCUCCAAGAUGUGCGGGGCCUACAGAAGGGCAUGGAGCUCACGCGCAAAGAGUUCAUGCGCCAGGAUGACAGCGCAGUGCUCAAGGACUUCCUCAAGGCGAACACAGAGGUGAUGGAGAAGCUCCAGGCCGAUGGCAAAACUGCACAGGAAGCCUACGAGUCGACAGUGGAGUAUUUCGGAGAAAACCCCAAGACUACCCCUCCGACAAUGUUCUUUCCCACCUUUGUGCGCUUCGUCAAGGCAUACAAGAAAGCGGAAGAAGAUAUCCAGUUGUGGAAGAAGCAGGAAGCAGCGGCCAAAGUGGAAGAGGUGAACUCCCCCAACCAGGAAGAAAAGGCAGCUCCAAAGUCUCCCACCCACAAGGCCAAGCGGCAGCAGAUGGACCUCAUUUCUGAGCUGAAGAAGAAGCAGCUGGUGAAGGAGCCCCUCAUUUACGAGGAGAAAGAUGGAGCCAUUGAGGACAUUAUUACAGGCCUGCGCAACCAGCCGUACCGGCGAGGGGACACCGGUCGGCACAGCGCCAGGAAACGGGCUGUGGGGCAGACGCUGCAGGUGACUGCCGACAUCUCGCUGUGACAGCCCCGAAUGAGAACAGCAAGCUAGCCAAGCCUUGGUUUGGGGGCGCGAGGCAAGGACUGGGGGGGGGGGUGUUCCUGGCCGACGGGCUUGGACCAAAAGCUCCUCACACCAAUGAACGACAAAAACUCAGGGCAGGACGAUCCCUUUCCUUCUCCUCCUCCGCUUUUAAAGCCAUUUGUGGGCUUAUGCGCACAACACCCCUGCCAAUUCUCCUGCCCACGGGGAUCAACGCUGCUUCGUUUUGAACUUCGUUUUCUCGGCCACGUCGGACGGCCCUAAGGUGGAACUAUGGCAGGGGCUGCUCUGCCAACUAGGACAGCAGGUGGUUCUGGAAGGCGAGUCCAGCCAAUGCAACACCAAGCCAAGAACGAGCACCUUCCACAGCCUGGAAUGUUUGCGACUGCAUACUCCCUCUGGAGAGAGGAAGCAGAACCGACGGGGUCUCGAUUCCUCCUCCCAGCUUGCCCUGGUUCCUCCCUCCCCCCGCCUCAUCCAGCUGGGCCAUUUCAGUCUGCUUUAAUCCUCCACUUCCUCCUCCGGCCUGGAGAAGACAGCCAGUGUUCGCAGGCCAGUUUUCUCCCAUCUGACAUGAACGGUGCUGUUUGAUCCGAGCGAGUAGUCGUACGCUUGUAGGAAGGUUACUUGCCCAGGAAUGUGUAACCUCAGGAUCAUUUAAGACAUUGAAGUGGUGCAACGAGGGGGUCCACAAGGACUUUGCCGGGAGUGGGGUGGGGCAGCAAGUACCCUGUACAAAACAGCUCCAGCACUUUUUAAACCUCCGUGGGCAGGUGCCACAACCGCCUUGGCCUUGUAGGACGCAAACGGCAGGCAGCACUUCAGGUUUGUGCUGUAGAGAGGGCUAACAGCCUGUGUAGUUUUCUCCCUUUGCAACAUUUCGGCUGGCACAGGCCUGGCUGAGGAUGCCUGGGAGUGGUGUCUUAAGCCCUUACCAAGGCUGUUGUGGUUAUAGAUGACCCAGGAGUCUCUGCUGCCCUCCAUAUUUUCACGAGGGCAACAAGACGAGAGUUUGAUCAGUGCACGUAAGCAACCAGAGUUGUCCUUCCUUCCACCAAGGCUCCUCACCACCACUUGAAGUCACUCCCCUCGUGCACGUCAUAAGAUGGGAAGUGCCCAGCCGCUAAGGAGGAAAGGAGACUGGGCUCUAAGCAGGAGACGUAAAUCUUCCUAAGUACAAUGUUUGGUUAAAGUUAUGAAUAUAAUUUCGGCUUCUUAUUCUAGCACAACGACCAUCCCUGGGAAGCAGUUGCGGUCCGUGGAACAGUCUCUCAGGAUUUAAGUAUUUGGCACAGGCGGCACUUUGGCAUUUUUGAAACCAACACGCUCUGAUGCAGAGAAGCUCAGAGGCUUCGUGACAAUCAAAACGGGGGAGCGAGUUGCUUUUCUUUUUCUUGCCACGUGGUGUCGCCAUUUCUGCGGGGUUUUCCACCGGUGCUCUUUCUCCAACCUGUGCCCUGGGUUCUAGUCUCCCCCCGCCCCCCCCCCCAGAACUAAAAGUAGAGGUAAUUAGGUCAAUCAGGUGAUACCCGCUAUAAUUUCCAAGAGCACAAUGGGGUGGUUCCUCUCCCCGCCCACCCCCCAAGGAAUCUAAGCAGCAAAUGAAUUUGUAGAUGGGGUAAGAUUUCUGUCCCGAGGGUCAGGUUGUCUGAUGGACUCUGCAUCAUUGAGCCACUUUGCUUAUGAAGGCAGACCAAGGGGUAAGCUCAGCUUGCUUUGAAGCAAGGGGGCGAUCCUAACAGACCCAGGAUGUAACGUCUUUCGGCAGCUCUGUUCUCUGGGUUCCCAGGGGACAAAGGCACUUGCAAGUUGAGCAUCUGCUCUCCCCUUUGUUCUUUACAGCUCAUGCCCUUUUUUCUUAUCUGGGGGUGGGGAGGGGAGAUUGUGAAAACUCCAAAAGAGAUAAAGCCCAUCCCAUCCACCCCAGCACAAAUCCAUGCCCCCUGGGACGGAUUCUGCCUACAGAGGACGUUGGUAGGCAAAGAGCUGCAUUCCCACCCUGUUCACCCCAGCAUGCAAGCUUUGCAGCAAUAAAUGCACACAGCAGCGGGUGUUGACCUGCAUACCUAACAGCCCCCCUGUUCUGUCUCAGCUGGAAAGGAACAAUUUCUUUAAAAGUCAUGCAAAAGUCAACACCCUACUCUUCAUCUGCUCAUCCGGCUUUAGCCUUCGAGCUGCACACCCGCUUAGAAACUCCCGGUUUAGACUUAGGCUAACAUUUGCUUUCUCCUGUAACCUUAAAAGCAGCUUAAAGAAAAGAAAAACAAUCACAGCAUAUACACUCAGAACAGAAACCUUGGACAUUGUUUCAUCACACACUUUUGGGGGCGGGGGGAGAAGCGGGAGAAGGGGAUAUUAGGAAAAGAAUUGAAUGUGCAACCUAUUGUUUUUAGAAAUGCCUUGAAUCAUGGAGGGGAGGACCAAAACGCCCCUGUAUGAUUGCUAUUUGUAUACAUUAUUUUUAUAUAUGGUUAUGUGAAUUGCAUUUAAUCCAAAGCGAGUUAACCAUGAGAGCAAAUAAUAAAUGUAUUCUAAAGAUGCGAAA